UUUUUUUUUUUUCUUGUACUCUUUUACUUUAUCUGUAUUAUAAAUGUCCAAACCAACUACGUUACUUCAACGAUUAUCAUUAGCAUACAAAUUGAAUAGGUUUCCUUGGAAGAAGAAUGUACUUGUAGGGACCGAUCUCGAUGGAAACGAAUACUGGGAAAUGCCUAGUCCAUUAGGAGGUAGAUACAAACGAUGGGUACAAAUGAAGGAACAUGACGAUUAUGCUGUUUUCAACCAAAAUCAACUUCCAGUACAAUGGCAAGCUUGGUUACGGCACACCCGAACAGAAGCUCCUUCUCUUCAAGAACUAGUUCAAGAACAACGACGACGCUUAAUUAUACAGGAACGAGCAAAGAAAUUAGACGAAGAAUGGCAGCAACGUAAGCUUCAACUCAAGGCAGAACAAGAAGAAGCAGCUCGUAUUGAAGAAUCAAGGCAACAAUCAGAAUCCUCAAAUUCUACGGAACCUACAGGACAAGGUGAUACAUUCGUUCCUGGUGAAUGGACUCCAACUAAUGUUCGACGGUGAUUAUUGCUCAUUCAUAUCUUCUAGAUCAGAUUCAUUCCCAAUUCAUUCAUACACAUAUACACCUUGUUUAUUGAUUUUGAUAGCUAUACAUAGUUAUAUAAAUAG